AGUUAUCGAUAGACUUGCAUCUCUAUAAAAUUUGUUUGGUUUCGUUUUUAAAAAUUAAAACUUAAAAAAAAUGGAUUGCAGCAAAUGCGAGUCGCCUGUGGAGGAGGACAACUACCUGGAGUGUAUGGAGUGCCAUCGCCUGGUCCACAUCAAGUGCCUGCCACAUGCCAGCACGCCGGGCGAUUUGCUGGGCGACGUCUUCUUCGAUUUCACGUGCGUGAAAUGUGUGGAGGAGCAGCUGCAGGGCGGGCCCGUGCCCCCUUCCGCUUCCGUGAUCAAGGAGCGCUUCAUACGCCAGAGGAUACCCUGGCUGCUGGUGCUCACGCUGACACUGUACAAUCUGUCCAUCAAGCAGAAGGGUCUCGGACACCAUGGCUUCUUCCACUGGCGCACGCACAUCAUUAGUUUUGUGGACAAGAACUGGAACUACAUCUUUGGAGCGCACGUUCGGCGUCGCAAGCAGUGGUUUGGUUCCGUUUCCGGUGCUCUCUCGCACAACAGCCCGGUGUACUUUCAGUCUGGCUUGGAUGUGUUCCAGGAAAAUGGCUGGUGGAAGCUGGCCAAGCCCUUCCAAACUCCACGAAGUGUGCUCAGGGAAUAUGAAAAGAAACAACUCCAAAGACUGCAACUGCGCAAUGAGAAGCGCCUGCCCGCUGUGGAUGAGAACAGCUGCAGCAGCGAGAUCUCUGUAACCGAUCAUACCGAGGAUAAAACCAAGAUCAUAAAGCUAGAACCGGAAGCAAUUCAACCCGGCGAGGGCUGUGCCCGCACCAUUCCCUAUAUGGGUCGCCAGCCAAAGUUCCAGGCUCCUGCCUCGCCAGUGGACCAGCAACCACCUUCUACUCCCGCUGAAGCUGCAGUUCCUCAGGAAAUCCCUAAUCUUAUCACAGAUGAGCAGGAAGAGGAGCCGCAUAAUCAGCCCCUGAGCAGUGUUCAGGCCAGUCUGAUGGACUUCCUAGCCGAGAGUUUGGGCGGCGAUGACCUGAGCAUGUUCAACAAUCUCCCUGGCAUAAUGCCAGCUCCUCUAAUAGGAGCUGGCAAAUCGGAUUUCUUUAUGACCGAAGCCUUGCUGGAACAGCCUCCAAGUACAGGAGGCUUCUUCGACAUGGACAACAACUUUGGGAUGCCCAACCUAGCAGAGGAAGUCCAGGAAACCAAGGAAAACAAGGAGGCGGCCAGCAAGAAUUUAAUGGAAGAAAGCAGCACAGAGACCGAUGAUGAGACCAAGGGAGGAGAUGAAAAUGGUCAGAAGGAGGAAGAGGAGCAAGACUACAAGCCACGCAUAGUGCAGAUAACAAACUUUCAGGCGCAGGAGCCGAAUGUCAAUGUCAAAGAUGAGCCAAUGGAAGAGGAAAUGGAGGAAGACAUCGGAGACGCAGGUCAAGCGGAUGACCAGGAUACCCUGAUAGAACCCUGCCAGCCAAGUGGCUUUAAAAGGCAGCCGCGUAGAAAUUGGCCCUGGUUGCAGGUAACCCAAGAAUCCGAUGACCUAUCCUCUACCGGCGGGAAUCUCGAACUUAUGAGUGUCUACGAAGAGCAAAAGUUGUACCAGCGGCUCCACAGAAUAUGCUCCUUAGAGCAGGAGUGCCAGAUAACUAUACCCGCCUAUGUGCGGCGCCUGUACCGAAAGCUUUGCCUUCGCAAGUGGAAAAGAGAGCACAAUCGUCCCAUAUUUAACUUGGAUGACCACAUUGAUCCCCUGGCCAGAGCCAGGCUGAAGAUGCAGGGCCACCAUCAAUCACAGAUACUGGACAGGUACCAGCUCCUAGCGCAUUCGAGGCAGGAUGCCAGGAGCUCUUUUCAUGCCCGCCUGGCUGGUUGCACCCAGUACGAGCUAUUUGAGUCGCCCUACUCCCAGAGAGUGCUGCAUCCUUUCAUUUUCCGCAGUGAAACCAUGGUUCCUCCCUGGCUGAAGCUCAUGUGCGAGCUGCAGCAUCGCGUGAGUGGUUUGCAUCCAACAAGAGCCACCAUAGACUUUUGCUUUGUGAGACCACAGCACAUACCAGCGGUGAAUGCGCUUCUGCAGAGCUCCUUCUGGCCAAACAUAGAUGUGAGCGAGUGCCUCAGUUACCCCGACUACAGCGUGGUGGCCUUGUACAGAAAACUGGUCAUAGGCUGCGGCUUUCUGGUUCCAGAUGUGGGCUACAACGAGGCCUAUAUCUCCUUUAUGGCCGUGCGUCCCAAUUGGCAGCGCAGUGGCAUUGCUAGCUUCAUGCUCUACCAUCUCAUCCAGACGUGCAUGACCAAGGACAUCACUCUCCACGUCUCCGCCAAUAGCUCCGCUGUGAUGUUGUACCAGAAGUUUGGCUUUAAAAUGGAGGAGAUUAUACUGGACUUUUAUGACAAGUAUUUGCCUUUGGACUCCAAGCAGAGCAGGAAUGCUUUCUUCCUGAGAUUACACAGAUGAGGGAGUAAGCCUCCAGGAAUAAAGCAAAGCAUUUCCAAAAAGAAA